AAUUAUUGAAUGUUCCUGGCUUGGCUGUCAACAAGAAGCUUCCAAGGUUCUAUCAGCCCAUCCAGAAGGAAGCUUACCUACCCGAACCUAUCCACUAAGCCCACCAUCUCAUUGCCGGAACCCAAUCCAAGCUCCCACGAUGCUAUGGUGGGCCUUGUUAAACGGGUUAAACGUAAUGUAGCUGUAGUACUUCAAUGUUCCGAUGUCAUUCUACACUGAUGUAAUAAGUGCAUAUAAGCAAUUCACGCAAUUUGAAUUCACAACCCCGCGAUCUACAAAUUCUUCUCCGUGAGCUUCCUUUACAUCACAACACCAUGGUUUGGUGCCCCUCAACUCCCAUUUCGGGGAGGGUUUGGGCUACUUGGAGAUAUACCUCAGCCCUACGACGACCGUUGACCACUUCGGUCCAUGCCACUAGGCUUUAUUCCGGAAACGCGACUCGAUUACACUACCGAUCAUCAUCUUACAGUUCAUCCAAGUCUUCUCGAUCCCUACCCGUAUUUAGACCAUCGAGAACAAGUUUGCGUACAUUUGCAUCUAAUGCGCCAAAGACAUCUACUUCGACUUCCAAGGAAACCAAGGCUGCAACACACAAAAUAGAGUCUGAGACCGAUUCUGCCGCGAGCGCUGCUAAUUCGCCAGACGAACCACAUUCACAGCAUUCUCCUUCUCCGACCAUCUCUUCUAGCUCAACCGAAUCAGACUUGGAUUGGGAGGAAAAGCCCAAUUUCGACAUAGAAAAAUUCACUGACCUUCCUUACACAAAUUUUGGCGUGAACCAACAUAUGAUCAUUGACCGAGAGUUCAAGGAGGCCCUACGUCAGUUACUCUGGAGAUUCCGAGCUCCCAUUCGAUAUGCCUUCGCAUAUGGUUCAGGCGUUUUCCCACAAUCCAAAGGGGAUACAGCAACCCAGGCUGAAAUCAAGGCCGUCCAUCCCAAGGCCCCAGCUGCCAUCCAGAAAGCCCAAGAUGGCUCCCCAAAGAUGAUUGAUUUCAUUUUUGGCGUGUCGUAUACGCAACAUUGGCACUCCUUAAAUCUCAUGCAACACCGUGACCAUUAUUCGAUGCUUGGCUCGUUGGGUUCGGCUGCUGUAUCUUAUGUGCAAGACAAAUGGGGUGCUGGAGUCUACUUCAACCCUUACGUUACCGUUGAUGGGAUAUUAAUCAAGUAUGGGGUUGUCAAUAUCGACACUUUAUGCAACGAUUUAAGCCAAUGGGAUACGAUGUACCUAGCUGGGCGCUUGCACAAGCCGGUCAAGAUACUUCGAGACGAUCCUAGGGUCCGUCUUGCGAACCAGAUCAACCUUUUAUCAGCACUACGAACAUCUCUCUUGCUGCUUCCUCCAACUUUUACCGAACAGGAGUUAUAUGCAACGAUUGCCGGACUAAGCUACUUGGGAGAUCCACGAAUGGCGUUUCCAAUGGAGAACCCGAAAAAGGUUGUCAAUAUUGUGAAUAACAAUAUGUUGAACUUUCGUCGACUCUAUGCGCCUCUUGUUGAAUCUCUCCCGAAUGUCCGUUAUGACGACCCAGCUUGCAGCAAUUCCGAUUGGAUUACCAACACAGAUUCUGUGUUGAAACUACAGCAAGAUAUGGACCCGAUAAAACGAGGCAACAUGGUACGCCGAUUACCCAAGACUUUCCGCGCAAAGCUAUACUUCGAGUAUCAGAAGAAAUUCCAGAUUCCCCAGCUCGAGUUUAACAAGAUGAUGGAAGCAAGUAAGGAUGAAGACGCUGGCUCAUUCAAGAGGCAACAGGGUGGUGGUUUCGAACAGCGCAUCGCCCAGGAUGAUCCUGAAUCGCUGCAAACGAAUAUCCGCGAUGUGAUCAAGAAGACAAGCAGUUGGCCAAGCACUACACAAAGCAUCAAGAGCGCAGUGACUUCUGGCUUUAGCCGAAGCUUCCGUUACCUUGGUGAAAAGAUGGACAAGUAUCGCGAGGGGAAGAAAGUGGAAAGGGAUAGCGACAAGUCUGCUUGAGCUUCUCAGGCAAGCGCAGAUAAAGGUUUUGUGUAUGCGAAGGCUUGUCACCACUUAGGAUUUGUUGUGUUUGAAUGUCAAUAAUAUGACAUAUUGCAUGGACGGGGUUUGGGGUUUC